AAAAAAAAAAAAAAAACAGAUUUAUAGUUGGCCUCCUCGUUCUCCAGCAAACGAAACUGCCACAAAACAUGUUCCGGGCGGCACCUGGAGUUAUCUUGGCGUCAGCCCUGCUGCUUCUGCUUCAAGUCCCCAAUGGAUGCCUGUGCUACCAGUACAAGGUUGGAGAUCUCAAUUGCUGGGGUCUCCCUCCUUCCUCCAACCGCCUCCUCUAUCACUAUUGGUCACGCAACCACAGCUUCCGCGUCGGUGACUCCCUCCUGUUCUUGUACCCGCCGAGCCAGGACUCGGUCGUCCAGGUCACGGCGCGGGCUUUCAACACCUGCGUCGUGGCGACGCCACUGCUGAGGCUUAACGAUGGCAACUCCCUCUUCAACCUCACCUCCCCCGGCUACUACUUCUUCACUAGCGGCGUGGCAGGCCACUGCGCCAAAAACCAGAAGCUGGCCGUCGCCGUACCCUCCGCAGACGGCACCUUCCCCCCGCCCCCGGCAGACGAGGGCGUCGUCGCCGAUGCGCCCCCUCCCGGAGCGUACCAGUCCUUUCCCAUAGUCUUCGGCCCCACCCCGACUCCGGGAUCCAGCGUGAGCGCCGCCCUGUCGCCCAUGUCCGCGGGAUCAGGUGUUGUCGCUGCCGCCGCCUCGGCCUUCUUCCUCCUGGGGGUGGCCUUCGUGUGACCAGGAAUGAUAUGGAUAGGGAAAUGAAAUUUUUUGGCAUUUACUAAAAAAAAAUGCGGUAUGUCUUGCUGUUCUAUUUGAUUAUAGUGUAUUGUAUGCAUUCUUUGGAUCUCACAUUGUAUGGAGAGGCAUGCUCGAUCCAAGUUGGUAAAUUAAGUUUUCCGAGCUUAUUCAAUUUGCUAAUUUCAUGAAACGAUGAGAUGUGCUUGAGUUUCUGUGGUUACUUUUAGGCGAGGCAAAGAAAGGAAAAGAAAGGGGGAAAAUUCAAUUCCUUGCCUGAACCCUUCGGCUUCGUUCCUAUUCGACCACCUCUUUGCAACGAUGAUCUCGCCCUUCACUCAGUCACCACCCAGCAGCCAGGCAGCCGCCGUCGCUGUCGACAACGACUCGACUGGGAUUUCGAUCUCCCCAAGUAAUACAAGAUCUAUCUAUCAUCAGUAGGCCACAGACGCCGACGGCUCGUCUGGGAUGCUGAUCUCGACCAGAUCUCGACCCGAUCCUGAGGUCCAAUGGUGGAGGCAGUGGCAAUGAAGAUAUGGGGAUGCACGACAGCGUGCCCCGGACCCUCCUCCCUAUUCUCGGUAGCCGCUCAGCGGCAGAGCAGCAGUUUCUGCCGCAGACGGUGGCUCGUUUGGGACGCCAUUCUUUCCGAGUUAACACUAGAUUUGCCUCUUAGUCGGCCACAUCGCCUCCAAUGGUUCGUCUGGGAUGGGGGAUGUGCAGCAAUUCCAGUGCAGAUGUGGGGGAUGUGCAACCACCUUCCUUGAGCCCUUGGUCGUCGAGCCUCCCCGUUGAGUUGCUUAUCUACUUCACCUGAGAUUCCAUGGCCAUUUUUUUUUUGCCGGAAUCAGUUACGCGGGCCAAACGAGUGAAUUGAGUACGGCGGAAUGAAAAUCGAUUUACUUCUUUCGAUUUUGAAUUAAUCCGACUAUGUAAAAGGUUCAAAGAAUGCAUUUGAAACGAUAUAUGUAUUGGUGCAAUCAUGUUUUAGAUAUGGAAUUUUAAUAUUUGAAACUAUUUAAGUUAA